AGUAUUAUCUUAUAAAGCACCGGUUGUUACACACCAUUCCACCCACCACAUUAAGCAAGAAGUAAUUUAUUUAUUGAAAAAAUGGAAAAAUACAUUAGCUUGCAGGACUUUGAAGAUGCAGCUACAAACGUCUUGGCAAAACCGGCUAUGGAAUACUUUAGGAAUGGAGCUACAGAACAACAAACAUUAGCUGAAAACAGAUUAGCUUUUCGAAGGCUGCGGAUACUCCCUAAAUGUCUUAUGGGAAUCACAGGGGCUGAUCUUCGUACUACUAUCCUGGGCCAUGAAGUUUCCAUGCCUGUGGGUAUAGCUCCUUCAGCUAUGCAGAAAACGGCACAUCAUGACGGCGAAGUUGCCAUCGCUAAAGCUGCACAAGCGGAGGGAACUAUUUACACUCUGAGCACUGCAUCUACCUGCUCCAUAGAAGAAGUCGCUUCGGCUGCACCAGAUGCAAUUAAAUGGUUCCAAGUUUAUGUUUUUAGAGACAGAGAAGUCACGAGGAAAUUAGUUAUGAGAGCGGAGAAAGCCGGGUUUAAGGCAUUACUUCUUACUGUUGAUACACCCGUUUUUGGAAUAAUAAGAAGUGACAUUAGAAACAGCUAUGCGUUUGCAGAACAUUUGAAACUAGCUAAUUUUGUAGAGUAUUUCUCAAAGUCAGAUAACGCAGAUGAUGACAUGAAAGAUUACGUCGGAAAAUUAUUUGAAAAAACUUUGACUUGGGAAGAUGUGAAAUGGUUAAAAAGUAUAACAAAAUUACCGGUAAUAGCAAAAGGUAUACUUCGUGCUGAAGAUGCAGUGAAGGCCGCGGAGAUGGGCUGCUCCGGCAUACUGGUGUCUAACCACGGAGCCCGGCAACUAGAUGGACUUCCAGCGACGAUUGAAGUAUUGCCUGAAGUGGUAGACGCACUGAAAAACUACAACGUGGAAGUGUAUAUGGAUGGAGGUGUGACAACUGGUAAUGAUGUCUAUAAAGCUUUAGCGCUUGGAGCAAAAAUGGUUUUAGUUGGACGACCAGCACUAUGGGGAUUGGCUGUUGGCGGACAAGCUGGUGUUCAGAGAACGCUCAAUAUAUUGCGCACUGAACUCGAGUCUACGGUUCAAAUAGCAGGUACUCCAACAGUAGCAGAUAUAACAAGAGACAUGGUGCGUCACGAAUCUAGUUUCAGAAAAUUAUAAUGACGUUUCAAAAAGGCUAAAAAACUUCAAAGUAUUACAACUAAUUUAUUUUUGUUAC